AUGUCCAGGGACGAAAUCUUACCAUGUUUGUCCUCCUCUGUCGUGAACAGCGAUAAUGAGAAAGGUAAAUCGCUUAAGGUCAUUGAGAACUCCAAUCAUGUUCGAGCGUAUGAUGGCAGUGAGGUCAUCUGCCUUGGUAUUGCAGAAUUCUGAUUUGCAGGAAGCAAAGACUGGGGUUUACCGCCUUUUAGUAUACUUCUUGAUGGCGGAGCUGAUUUUGUCCUAACGCGCAAAGGAGGAUAUAAAUCACUCCACCAUCGGGUUAAAUGGCACUACCAGGUUUUGCGCCACCGUUAAGGCAUUUGUCCAAAUAUACUUUGUUGUCAUUUCGUCAUUUCUAAUAGAAGCACUUUUGUGACACCAAUUUGCAGGUACCCUCAUGGGAAAGACGCCAAGGCGGAGGCUCGAACCCGUGCAUUCUUGGGAGCAAGACAGUGCUCUAUCCUGCUUCAUACAGUCAGUUCAGAGAUUCGCUGGACUGUCCAUUUUCUUCCCAUAUUUACCCGUGUUUUACCUCAGCUGCCUACUUUUAUAUGGAUAUGUUGUUUACAAUUUUAGAUUAGGCUUAACUAACCAGGUGAGGUGUCUCUAUUACAGUGAAAAUUAUAUUAGUUGUUUUUCAGCCGAUCUGGAAGUCAAAAUACACGACUGAUUGCCUGAAAUGCACACUGGCGUUCACCAGCGCAAUGUGACAUCUGAAAAAAUUUCACACAGUAAACGGCAGAAACAUCUUUUCCGGGAAGAAUUAUAUUCUUAUACAUUCGGUAGAUUCCACAAACAGAUCUUAACCCAUCGGGAAGUUUGAGUCGUGGUUUUAGAAGAAGGAGAAGAUGAUGAUGAUGAAGAAGAAGAAGAAGAAGAAGAGGAGGAGGAGGAGGAGGAGGAGGAGGAGGAGGAGGAGGAGGAAGAAGAAGAAGAAGAAGAAGAAGAAGAAGAAGAAGAAGAAAAAGAAGAAGAAGAAGAAGAUGAGGAGGAGGAAGAAGAAGAAGAAGAAGAAGAAGAAGAAGAAGAAGAAGAAGAAGAAGAAGAAGAAGAAGAAGAAGAAGAAGAAGAAGAAGAAGAAGAAGAAGAAGAAGAAGAAGAAGAAGAAGAAGAAGAAGAAGAAGAAUACUGA